GACUCUGCAGUCAGUCAGCUGUUGGUCUUAUAACACCACUUGAACACAGAAAAGAGGGGAGAACUGCACCACAUCCUUGAAGAUCACCUGCAGUGGCUGAUCGGUGGUGCUGAGGUUGCUGCUGAGCAGUGCAGUCAACGGGUCUGCGACCACCUAGGACCUGCCAGCUGAUUUCAGCUCUUCUGCACUGUAUCUGUGUUAUUGACUGAGACUGCUUGGGUAGGAGCCUUCUUGAGUGCUGAACUGUCAUUUCAGGCUAAUUCUUUUCAAUCUCAUACCCUAACUUAUCAAAGAUCGUCGUGAAGAGCUCUCCUGUAACAGAUCUCUAGUGAAGGUUCACUGUUGUUAAGUGGUAUACAGUGGAGCUUUAUUUAACUUCUACUAUGACUAGGGCAGAGGUUGAGCCUGGUGCCCAGGCAAAGGCUGAAAAUAAGCCUGGGGAUGAGAAUGCCAGUGUUGCUGAAGCAGAGCCUGAAGUCCCAUUGGUGGUCAGACCCAAGGUUAGGACACAAGUAAUGCCUGGAGCAAGGCCCAAAGUGAAGCCUAAGGGUACCCCUGGAGCAAGACCUAAAGGUGAAAGCAGUUCACCAGGUGGGGCAUAUGCUAAAUGUAAACCCAAGGCAAUCCCUAUUUCACGAUCCAAGCAUGAUGCCCAAGUCUGGGUCCCCAGUAAGUUUCGUGGAGAGUCCAUGUCAAAGAUGGGAAAGCAGUGUCAGAUGAGUGCUCCAGAUGUUCCACUGGUCAGUAAUGAUUCUGGGAUGUUUGCUCAAGCCAAGUGCCUGUCUGUAGAUAGAGAACUUGCUAAUAUGGAUACUGAGAGUAUUCCCAAAAAGGCUAAUUCUCCAGCAGGAUUCCAGCCUCCAUUUGGCUCAGAGGAGGGAACGAAUAUGGGGCCCUGGUACCGUCCCAGGCCCGUCCCCAAAGGAGAGGCAUAUGAGAAUUCCGAUUUUAAGUGGGGAGAUAAAUCCUCAGGAAGUUCCUCCUUUUGGAACAGAGAUGAAGCCAGUACAAGAUUUCGUCCUAGGAAAAGCAUGAAGGCCAAUUCCAGGUUCAGGCACAUGGUCAAACAAGAGGCAAAUGCCAUGCCUAGGCACAAAACCAAACAAGAGUCCUAUAACACUUCCAGUUCUGAUUCUGAGGAUGAGUCUGGUAAGACUCCUUGGUUCUGGGCCAAAGACAAGACCAAAGUCUGGUCUAGACCCAAAGAAGAGCCCAACACUAGGUCCUGGUUUAGGUCUAAGAAAGAAGUCCGUGUUGAAUCCAGUUCUGGGUCUGAAAGUGAAAAUCAUACAAAAUCUUUGUAUUGGUCUGGAGAAGAGGCUAAAUCUAGGUCCAAACCCAGAGCCAGGAAAGGGGUCAAUAUGAGGGCCAGGCACCAGGCCAAGCGAGAAGCUUAUAGUGAUGUCAUGUCUGGAUCGGUAGAUGCAAAUAAGAAAGAGUCCUGGUUCUUGCCUGAAGAGAAAGCUAAUGCUUUUUCAAAGUCUAAGACAAAGAAAGAGCCCAGGACCAGAGCAGCACUAAGGGAAGAAGUUAAAACUAAAGCCAGACCAAGUACCAAACAAGAAGCCAGGCCAGAGGAGGAAGUUCUCGUUGGGGCUUGGUUCUGGGACACCCAUGAGUCCACUAUGGGGGAUAGGCUAAGCAUGAAGACCACUGUCAUAGAAGAGGAGCCCAUUGUUGGAGACUGGUUCUGGAGUGAAGAAGAAACCAGUGUGGACUCUGAGACUGGUCAUAAAUCCAGACCAAAGGCUAAGGAGGAACAAGUUAGUAGAUUCUGUUUAGGGUCUGGAAAGAAGACUAUUAUGGAAAGUGGGCCAAAGGCUAGUAUGCCAGUAGCUAAGGAUGAUGAGGUCACUAUUGGGUCCUGGUUCUUGGCAGAAGAUGAAGAGAUCAGCUUACAGGCUGAUGAUGAGUCUAUUUUUGGAUCUUGGUUCUGGGGCACUGGUGAGAACAGCAUUAGAUCUGGUGGAGCCAGUUAUGAGAAGAUGCCAAAGCCUGGAGAAAAAGAAGUUACUGAUUCCUGGUUCUGGGCUGGAGAAAUCAAUCCUGAGGCUGAAGAACAGGCUGGGCCAGUAUCUACAAAAACAACAAUCUUUGUGCCUUGGUUUUGGUCUGAAAAGCAGCCACAUUUAGGGACUGAACCUUGCUCUGACAUCAUGGCAGGAGCUGAGGAGGAGCCCAUAAUUGGGCCCUGGUUCUGGGCUAAAGUAGAUAAUAGUGUGGAGGCUGAAGUUAACAGUAAGUCUAGCCUUGAGGAUGAGGAAGAACCCAUUAGAUCACCUUGGUUUGGGGCCAGAGAACAACCCGAUGUGAAGUAUGCAUCUGGUGUCAGAUACAAGCCUAUGGCAGAAGCUGAGGAUGCUAACAAAAAGUCUUGCGUCUGGGCAAAAGAACCCUGUUUGUAUCCUACCAAUAGAGAAUGCUUGAAAUCUACUCUGGGAGAAAAAGAGGACACUGUUGAUCCAUGGCUGUGGUCCAGUAAUUAUCCAAGGACCAAGACCAUCACAGGGUCCUGGCUUUGGGCUGCAGAAGAGGGAAAUAUAGAUGAUGAGACUGGAGAAAAGAUCAAACUGCCAACUUUAGAGGACAGUGCAUUCAAUUCUUGGUUCUGGAAAGAAAAUGAAGAAACCAUUGUAAAGGCUCCCAACAGAGAAGAAUCCAGGCCAGAAGCGGAAGAGGAAGACAUUAUUGGUUCUUGGUUUUGGGCUGGGGAUGAAGACAAGUUUCAGCCAGCUGCUACAAUUGAUGAAGAGAACAAGAUAACAUCUGAAGAUGAAGAUACAGUUGGAUCCUGGUUCUGGGGCAAUGAAGAGGCCAGUCUCGAGGCAGUGAGAAGGGGUAAUUUUGAGUCUGCUCCUGGGAUUAAGGAAGAGAAAGUUACUAGGUCAUGGUUCUGGACUGAUAAGGUCAAAAUAGGUGCUGGGUCACAGACUGUUGAAACUGGGUCAGAAACUGAAGAGGAGGCAAUUUUUGAGUCUUUGAUCUGGGCUGCAAAAAAAGACAGUAUGCAAUCAGGAGUAAAGUGUGUGUCCAAGCCAAAAGAUGAGGGUGAAAUGGCUGUUGGGUCCUGGCUCUGGUCUAGUGAUAAGGCUGCAGAAGGAUCUAAAACUGUGAUUGUCAGUGAAUCCAGUCCAGAAAAUGGGAAAGAGUCAAUUGCUAAGUUUGGGUCAAGGGCAAAAGAUCAGGUGAUUAACAAGACUGGCAGUGGUGACAAUUGUAAAGUUAGUACAGAAGCUGAAACCAUAGUGGGAUCCUGGUUCUGGGAAGGAGAUGAAGCUAGCUUUGAAUCAAAUCCUGUACCUGUAUGCAAGGCCAUUUGUGAACCUGAGUCUUCAACUGAGCAGGAACCUGAUCCAUCCCGCAGGCCUCAGAGCUGGGAUGAGGUCACUGUUAAGUUUAAGCCUGGUCCAUGGGGAAAAGCUGGCUUCCCAUCCAUAAACCCCUUCAGAUUCCCCAAAGAAGCAGCAUCUCUGUUUGCAGAAAUGUUUGGGGGAAAGCCUAAGCUUGUGGAAGUUCCUCCAGAAGGGGAGCCUGAACCUGAGUUCCCAUUUCAGUAUGAUCCCUCUUACCGGUCCGUCCGGGAAAUUCGGGAGCAUCUUAAGGCCAGGGAAAGUGCACAGCCUGAGAAUUGGUCUUGCAACUGCAUCCAGUGUGAGCUUAGAAUUGGUUCUGAGGAGUUUGAGGAACUUCUUUUAAUGAUGGACAGAAAUCGUGACCCUUUUAUCCAUGAGAUAUCUAAAAUUGCAAUGGGCAUGAGAAGUGCUUCUCAGUUUACCCGAGAUUUCAUUCGAAACUCGGGCGUUAUCUCACUGAUUGAAGCCUUGCUUAACUAUCCAUCCACCCGAGUUAGGACAAGGUUUUUGGAAAGUAUGAUUCGCAUGGCUCCACCUUAUCCAGACCUAAACAUGAUUGAGACAUAUGUGUGUCAGAUUUGUGAGGAUACCUUUGAUUAUGACUUGGAUUGCUCUGAGCAGUUGUCUGGAUUGACAAUGCUUACACACCUCACUGCUACUUUUGACUAUCACAAAGUGGUUAUCAAUUACUUGGCUGGGUUUUUCUACUUACUGAAUUCAGGCAAUACCAAAACAAGGUUUCAUGUUCUGAAACUGCUACUGAAUCUGUCUGAAAACAUUGUCGUGACAAAACGCCUACUUGUUACUGAUUCAGUGUCAGAAUUUAUGGACCUUUUAAAUAGGGAGGAGUCAGAUGAAAACAUUCAAAUUGUUUUUGCAAUAUUUGAGACUAUCAGUAAACUUAUUCAAAAAGAGGCACUGUUUGCUGAUGAUGAUGAUGAUGAGGAUACAGCGAUGAAUCUUGAACCCUAUAUUUCUGCAUUCCGUGAGGCUGAAAAAACUGCCAAGGAACUAAAACACAAACCUGAAAAUCAAAACGUACUCUGAAGCAGAACAAAACAAGUAAUUUGAUUAGCUAUUUGCCUCUGGUUGUCCUUGUGUUCCUCAGUCAUCUGACCCUCAAAUAAUGCUUUGCUUUCCCAGCUGAUUCCUUGUUUCAGUGUACCUCUUUAAUGCUGAUGGUAAUUAUGCCCAACCCUGUGUAAUCUGUAUCAUUGUUCUGAUGCCAAAUGAAGAUACAACUGAAAACAUAUGACACUUGUUGAUGACGCUUGUUUUGUUGAUUGUGAUGUUCAGUAUUUGAGUGUAAAGUGAACUGAGCCGUUGUAAAUAAGAUACCCUUCUAAAUGUUGUUCUCAUGUAUAUUUAAGUCGUGUGCUUCAAUAAAGUUCUAUGUGAAAGUGA